UCCUGACUCCAGGCUUGGUACUCUAGCCACUUCACCAUCCAGCUGCCCCUUUGAAUUCAAAUAGUCCGUCUACAAUUUAUAAGAGAAAGUGUGCCUCAUGGUAUUUAAAAUUCAAAGUUUAGAAAUCUUGGUGUAGGACUUUCUCUGUAGUACCCUUUUCAAGGGACAACUCCUUGGGAUUUAUCUAUUAAGUUAUAGCUAAGUAUUUAGUACUUAACCUCACUAGGUGUUGUGAGGAUCAAGUAAGAUAAUAUUUGUAAAUACUUAGCUCAGUUCCUCACACAGAACAGGUUUAAUAAAUGCCUUUGUUUCCCCAAGUCACUCCACCCAAGCCUCGAUUUCAGUGGAAGAAAUUCCAACAAUGACUAAAAUCUUUCCUAUUGUGCCAUGUGGGAAUAAAAAUCUUACAGAUUUUUCUCUCCUAAGCAGCACCCACUGAGUGGAUAGCACUGGGCUUAGAUGCUAAAUGGUUCUAGAAUGUGGAAGCACAGGCUUGAUUUUUCACAAUUAAAUAGAAAAGGAAGGGGCAGCCAGAGAAGCAAAACUAUAACAGAUAACAUAGUUUAAAUAAUGUACAAACAUGCCCCGACAUCACAAGACUGAUGAUUCCUAGAUUUCUUUUCUUCAUUUCUGGAUCACUUCUCAUCUUGUUCAGGUUUUUUCUUGACAGAUGAUCACUACUGUCCAAUGAUUAAUAUAUAAAGAAGCCGCACUUACAUAGCUUUGAGAAUGGAAGGUACAAAUCAGAUUAAAUGGCACUCUUCCUUCCUUCAAGGAAUCCUAAUAUGCUUUGUAUAUAACGGGACUCUUAUUCAUAUGUUUGACUGGGCCCUGUGAAAGGGGUGUGUGUCAAAAAAGUCCCUUUUCACUUGCUUUUCCAGUCCCAUUUUUGGAGUCCUGGAUGCCUAGCUGAGUGCAUCUGCUUUAGUUAAAAAACCUGUGUUGGGUGGCCCCCAGACACUACCAGCUUUUUCCAAAAAUCCACAAAACGUGUAGAUUCGCUUAAUCUUUCCUCCUCCCCUCUUCUCAUGGAAAUGGGCUAGUGUGGUCGCCAUGUGUCUAUUUAAGAGCGAUUAACACUUGCUUGCCAAAAAUCCCAGCUUGGGCCAUUUGGAAGCUGCACGCGUUCGCACCCCUCCUUGUUUACCCGAACUGGCCUUCACGCUCAGCCUUUUUGUUUACCCCGCUGGCCCGAGGUCUGGGAUGGCGUGGGGAGGGGGGCAUUUCUAAAUAUGCAUCAGGCCAUCUCGACUAUAUAAAGAAGACCAGGGCUGUGGGAUGUGGGAGAAAGAGCUCCUGCUGUAGUGACCGGGUGUGUACAUGGAGAGCUUGGAGAGUUCGGGGCCCCGGCCCGAUUGGGCCAGCUGCUGCCGCUUGCUUCCAGAAACCCCAGCUUCUCAGACCCUGAGGUCAGGGAACAACAACUCAGGGUCGCCGGCUUUUUGGAGACCUUGGCUUGGCACCCCUAGAGAGGAAGCAGAGAAAAUGCAGCUCCACUCAAAGCUUACCGUAUGUGAUGUGCAUGGGACAACAGAAACCUUUGGAAAACUUUCCCAAUAUAAACAUCCAGUCAGACUAUUUUGGCCCAAAUCAAAAUGUUAUGAUUUCUUAUAUCAAGAAGCAGAAUCUCUUCUGAAAAAUUUUCCAAUUCAAGCUACAAUUUCAUUUUAUGAAGAAUCUGAUAGUGAAGAGGAGGAGGAGGAGGAGGAGCUGAUUCAGGAUUCAGGAAAUGAAUUGGAUUGAUUCUUUUUGAAGGAACUCAAAGUGUAUAGCAUUAAAAUAUCAAUGUACAAAUGUAUCAUAGUGGUUUUAAAAUAUAAUUUAUUUGUGUGUAAGUUAUUAAUAAAAUGUUAUAAUAUUUUGCAAUUGAUAGGGUAGUUUGGCCUUUGUCAUGCUUCCCUACUCCCAGUUAUAAUGUUAGCACCUUACCAGAAACAAGAACAUUUCUUUUCAUUGCAUUUUUAUCAAUUUGGAUUUUUAAAAGUUAAGUUGUGACAACUUGAAGUUUUAUAUUAAAAGGUUUGAGAGAGGAAGUAUAACAUAGUACAUAGAAAGCCAGCUUUGAAGUAAAGACAGAAAGAAGUUCAUGUUUUCCCAGGAUGGUACAUUGGAUAAAACUCAGACUUUAAAGUCAGACUUGUGUUCAAAUUCUGAUCCUGAUACUUACUACCUUUGUGACUAUAGAUGUCACUCUCUUGCCUCAGUUUUUUCAUCUGAUAAAUACUGGCUUCUGAGGUCCCUUCAAGUUGCAGAUCUAUGAUCCUACUAUUAUUUAUUACAUGCUAGCUAUAUGAUCAUGAGCAUGUCACUGAACCUCUUUUUGCCCCUGGAAACUAAGACUAUAAAUGACACAAGAAUUCCUGAUCUAUUUUACUGAAAGGAGUAAGUCACAUUGGGAAUUCUCUGUGUGGAUGAAAUCAUAUUAGACUCCCCCAUUCAAUUUUUUUAUAUUCUAUAAUUCUAGAAAAAAAUCCCAUUAUCCAAAUCAUUGUUUAUAUUCCCAGAGCUUAGCAUAUUUUGCACAUAGUAGACCCCGAAUAAGUGUUUCUUGAAUAAAUGAGUGAAUCAAUGAAUAAAUAUUUCAGUUUUAAAUUUGGAUCUUACAUCAUCUUGUAUUAUCUUUUAACCUUUAUAGAAUUGUCUAGAUGUCAGCUGACAUAUAAUUAUGUAUUCCAUUGCUCCUUAAAAGUUUCAUGAUUUAAUCAGUAUGUGUACUCUGCCCAGCUUGUGCUAACUGAAUACAUGAUUCAGUAAUUUAUUUUGAUUCUUAAAUUAAUUAGACUAUGAAGAAAAAUCCCAUGUGCUGUCAAAAAUAUUUACUAUUAAGAAAAACAUCUUUUCAAGUAAUGGUAUAACUGAGACUUAGGACUCAGUAUGAAUUUUAAAAAAACAAUUGACAAAAAAUGAUGCAAAUUUUACUUUAUAUUAUCAUCUGCCUUUCUUUCAAAUAACUAAACUGUAAUAGUCCAGAUAUUUUAAAAUUAAGCUUCCUUAGUGCAGUGACAUAAGAAAACUUUAAUUGUUACAUUUUCUUGUUUCAAUAGCUAGAGUUGAAAUGUCUUCUUUCUCUCUCCUUCUCUUUCUCUUCCCUCUCUAUAUUAAUA